AUGGCUAACCCAGUCCGAGGAAAUCGUGAUCCACGAAGGUCUCUUUUGAUUAGGUCUUUGAGGUUUGAUACUCCUACCUCUCUAGUAAGGAGAGAGUUUGAACGAUUCGGAGCUAUCCGAGACGUUUAUCUGCCGUUGGAUUACAGGUCAAGGAGGCCAAGAGGAUUCGGGUUUGUCGAGUAUGUGGAGGAAGAGGAUGCCAAGGCUGCUCUAGAAAAGAUGGAUGGUGCUAUAUUGGAUGGAGUCCCAAUUAAUGUAACUUUUGCUCAGGAAGGAAGAAAGUCUCCAGAGUCAAUGAGACAUAGAGAGUAUGAAUCAUUCCAUGGGGGAGGAGGUAGACGUGUAUCUAGUCACAGAUACGGAUCUCAUCACCAUUACAAAUCAGAUCCAUAUAGACGUUAUCCUUCUCCAAAAGACUACAGAGAAGGCUCGCGUUCAUAUGGUAAUAGGCAUUCAUCAUAUUUUUCAAGGUCCAGAUCACCGCCUCCGUCCAGAGGGUAUGAAAGACAUAAAAUGCAGCAUAAUCAUCACCGGAAUGAGGAUCGUAGACGAGUUGAUGAUCCACGCUCGCAUAAUAUAAGAGGUAGAAGUAGUUCCAACGGAAAUGAGGGAAACUACAGGUCUGAAGUUUAUGAAAGGAAUCAUCCACAAAGAGAUUCGGCACGUAGUUACAGCCGAGGUAGAAGCAGAAGUAGAAGUAGAAGCAGGAGUAGGAACCGAAGUAGGAGCAGAAGUAGGAGUAUGAGUGAAUAUGGAAGCCGGGAUGCAAGCUGUAGUGUAAGUAGGAACAGAAGCACAAGCCUUAACCAAUCACCUUGCGGAAGUCCUGAGAGAGGUAGAAAUAAUAACAGAAAAAUUGAGUUCUUUCGAAAAGAGUCCGAGUCUAAUCAUAAGGGAUUUUUGAAUGAACAUCCUGGCAAAAAUCACGAGUGGUAUGACUCUGACCAACAAAUGUCAAUUAAUAAGGAACAACAGAAACUUGACAUACAAACAUACAAAGAAUCCCCCACUCCUGGCAAAUAG